CGGUUUAAGGAUACAACACCACUCCCAAAUCUCCUCCCCUCCAAAAUAAUACUCUCAGACCCUAAGAAUGGUGACAACGAAGAAGAGCGAAAGCAGCCUCAAGUUUCUCUGUAGUUACGGCGGUAGAAUACUUCCUCGCUCUAUCGACGGGAAGCUCCGUUACGUCGGCGGUUUCACCAGAGUCCUCUCCGUUGUUGAUUCCAUCUCUUUCUCAGAGCUAAUGGUGAAAUUGGAGGAGUUCUGUGGAUACGCCGUUGAUCUCAAGUGCCAGUUACCAGACGGAGAUCUCGAGACACUGAUCUCCGUCAAGUCAGACGAAGAUCUCACGAACAUAGUAGAGGAAUACAAUCGCGUCUACGGAGGCAAGAUUCGAGCGGUUUUAUCUACUCCUAAGCAUGUAUCGCCACCAUCGAGCGGCGGCGAUGUGUCACCGAAAUCUCCUUUCUCCGUCGUCGCUUCUCCUUCGCCUCCGCCGGCGUAUAGAAGGUUUCCACUAUCUCGUUAUCAGAUGGAGAAUCUCCAGAGCGGAAUAUUCCGUAAGCGAGCGGAGGAAUAUUCGCGUUGCUGUAAAUGCCGUGUGCAGAACAUAGACUCCAAUCUCAUUUGGCAUUGACGCUGACGGUCGUCAAAUCGAAUAGACUAAAUAAUAAAUAAUUUUGGAAAAAAAAAAACAGAAGUUUAUAUGGUCGUUGAUGUGAUGGUUGUUAUGAGAAAUUAAGGAAUAACUAAAGUUUGUAGUCGGAAACAUCAUUCGGGUGAACCGGAGAAGAAGACGGGAGUUUUUUAAUCUUCCGUUAGCUUUCUUGUUAAGAUAUCUGGGAAACGUACAACGUUAGUUUUUUUUUUCAAUACGUGGUACGUUGCGACCGUUCUAGUUGUGAAACGUGUCAAUCUCGGACGCGAGUAAAUGUGGUGUUUUGUGGAUCAGUGGAUGUCUUUCUUCACACGUGUAUGUAUGCCUGUUAGACUGUGACUCAGUGACACUGAGGUUUGUUCUUUCUCUC